AUGGAUUCACCUAAUCACACUGCACAUAAGGACGACGCGGACCGCAGGCCCUCUUAUCGCACACUCUCUGACCGUGCUUCCGCCGCCUCGUCGCUGCGCGCCAUGUUCUCUGGAGCGAGCACCCCCAGCGGCGUCAAGACACCGCGCACGCCCGGGCUGCACGAAGGCGAGGAAGCACGACUCCUCGUCGGAGGGAGAGACGUAGAGGCAGGGCCGGCUGAGUAUGGGUCAAGAACACUGGAACCUCGCCCCAAACCCCCGGUCCGUCGCAAGACAUCAGUAUGGGCAAAAGUAAAUUAUUACGUCCCCUCGACGGCUUGGAUACCCCGAUACUCUUGGCCGCUACUCGGCGGUGAUAUGCUCGCCGGUCUCACAGUCGCCUGCAUGCUUAUCCCACAGUCUGUAUCCUACGCGACAUCGCUUGCGCGUUUGAGCCCCAUCACCGGUCUUUUCUCUGCGUCCAUACCAGGGAUUAUAUAUGCGCUCUUUGGGACAUCACGUCAACUGAAUGUCUCGCCUGAGGCAUCGCUCUCGCUGCUGAUUGGGCAGGCUGUCGAUGACUUCCUUCACGACCCCCAUUUUGCACAUUACGGCCGUGAUGCGGUCGGGUUGGCGGUGUCGACCGUGGUCACAUUUCAGGUUGGCUUGUUUAGUCUGCUACUGGGCCUUUUCCGCUUAGGCUUCAUCGAUGUGGUUCUCAGCCGAGCGCUGCUCCGUGGGUUUGUCACCGCAAUGGCCAUCGUGAUCAUGAUUGAACAGUUGAUACCCAUGUUCGGCCUAACAGCGCUUCGGGGCCAGUACCAGUUGCACACCACUCUUGACAAGAUUCUGUUUAUCGCGGAGAAUGUAUGGCAUCACGGACACCGGCUCACGAUGCUGAUCGGCUUCGGGUCACUCGCCAUCCUGCUACUCAUCCGGAGCUUCAAGGGCUUCUUCAAGCGAUACAUCCUGAUAUAUCGUCUUCCGGAAGUGCUGCUUGUGGUUGCUGUAUCAACAAUCCUGUGCGACAAAUUUGACUGGGACGAACGUGGAGUCGAAAUCCUGGGGAGUGUCCCUGUCACCACUGGUCACUCGCUGGUCCACUUUCCUCUACACAAAUCUACGCUGCGAUAUUUUCGGCGGACGACAUCGCUCUCGGUUGUUUGUGUCAUCAUCGGAUUCCUCGAUAGCAUCGUUGCCGCCAAGCAGAACGCCGGACUGUAUGGAUAUAGCAUCAGUCCCAACCGUGAACUGGUCGCACUCGGUGCUGGAAACCUGGCUGCCUCGUUCGUACCGGGGACAUUGCCGGCAUUUGGAUCUAUAACGAGGUCAAAGAUCGCGGGCGAGGUCGGCGCGCGGACACAGAUGGCCUCGAUGAUCUGUUCCAUUGUGGUGCUGCUCGCUGUGUUCUAUAUUCUGCCCUGGCUGUACUAUCUUCCCAAGACAGUACUGGGCGCCGUAAUCUGCUUGAUAGUGUUCUCGCUACUGGGUGAAGUGCCCCACGACGUGAAGUUCUAUUGGAAACUUCGCAGUUGGGUGGAUCUCGGGCUAAUGACUCUCACGUUCGUAUUGACCAUCUUCUGGGACCUUGAGCUUGGCAUCGCUGUGAGCCUGGUCAUCUCGCUAUUACUUGUCGUACACCGGUCCUCAAAGACCCGCAUGACCAUAUUGGGCCGCAUCCCUGGCACUGAUACAUGGAAACCAGUGGAUGAGAACCCGGAGGCGCAGGAAGAUGCUGCUGGUGUGUUGAUUGUGCGCAUACGGGAGAACCUUGAUUUCGCGAACACUGCGCAAUUGAAAGAACGUCUACGUAGGUUGGAGCUGUAUGGCGUCACGAAACAUCACCCAUCGGACGAGCCGCGGCGCGAGAGCGCCGACGUCCUCGUCUUCCAUCUGGCAGAUGUGGACAGCAUCGACGCUUCUGCUGCCCAGAUAUUCUACGAAUUAGUCGAUACAUAUCAGAGCCGAGGGGUAGGCCUGUACAUCACGCAUUUGAAGAAGGGCCCGCGGGAGUCGUUCGAGCGCGCCGGGAUCAUCAAGUUGCUCGGCGAGGAUGCUUUCUGCAAGGACGUGGCAAGUGCAAUGCAUCUCAUCGAGCAAGCUGCUCGGGACCGACGCGAGCCAUCAAGGUGGUGACCGCAGUGCGCCCUAACGACCGACGACCUACAUGCCUAUGUUCUCACGCAGAUCGAGUAGGCAGACUUUGAUGCACAUACAAUGCCACACAUCCGCAUACCUG